AUGAACUCCAUUACCUCUGCAAUUCGCCGAGUCGUCUCUCCUCUGCGAUGUAACACCGACCAAGUUUUGAGAGGGUGCCAAUUCCGGAGCCUCUCCUUUGCAGCGCAGGCAGCAGAAGAAAAAUCUAUCGAAGAAACAACUCCAAAUCCAGCUGUGAAAAUGAACCUCUUCACGGCAGUAAAUUCCGCUCUUCAAGUUGCUCUUGCCACCGACGACUCAGCGGUAGUUUUCGGAGAGGACGUGGCCUUUGGAGGAGUUUUUCGCUGUUCUUCAGACCUGCAAGCUCAAUUUGGCUCCGAGAGGAUUUUCAAUACGCCUCUGUGCGAGCAAGGAAUUGUAGGGUUUGGAAUCGGUCUAGCCGCUUCCGGAACAACGGCCAUUGCAGAAAUUCAAUUUGCAGACUAUAUCUAUCCUGCUUUCGAUCAACUCGUCAAUGAAGCUGCCAAGUAUCGGUACCGCUCGGGAGGUAUGUUCAAUUGUGGUGGAUUGACUGUCCGCACCCCGUGUGGAGCAGUCGGUCAUGGUGGUCACUACCACAGUCAAAGCCCCGAAGCAUAUUUUUGCCACACUCCAGGUUUGCGAGUGGUCACUUGCAGAGAUCCAUUUACGGCGAAAGGCCUUUUGCUUGCCUCAAUUCGAGAAGAGGACCCGGUUAUAUUUCUGGAACCCAAAGUUCUGUACAGGGCCAGCACUGGUAUGGUACCUGAAGGAGACUAUGAAAUUGACCUUGGAAAAGCCGAGGUUGUCCGAAAAGGAAGAGAUGUCACCAUGGUUGGAUGGGGAGCUCAAAUUAGAGUGUUACUGGAGGUUGCAGAGCAAGUCGAAAAGGAGUUGCAGGUUUCCUGUGAAGUUGUGGACUUGCAGUCCCUACUUCCGUGGGAUGUUGACACUGUAUCGAAGUCGGUGCAGAAGACAGGACGGCUGUUGAUAGCCCAUGAGGCUCCCGUUACUAGCGGACUUGGUUCAGAAAUUUCUGCGGCUGUACAAGAGAAUUGCUUCUUGAGCUUGAAAGCUCCUAUUCAGAGAAUUGCAGGAUAUGACCUUCCAUUCCCAUUCAUCCAUGAGAAGAAUUAUUUACCAGGAAAGCAAAGAUGCACAGAAGGUGUAUUGAAGGCGAUUGAUUACUGAUCCAAAACGGACGGAAGAUCCGUUUCUAGAAAUUGUACUCGAAUCCGUGGUUUGCUACAUAUCCCAGACAUCAAGUUCUAGGUCUUGUAAAUAGGUACAGUAUUGUGUAAAAUAUGAGCCGGGGGCGGGGAGAGAGAUUCUCUAGUGGGAUUCAACGACAUGACCGUCAGAGAAGAGGUGUAUUGUCCUGCUCUGGAUGCUUUCAUGAAGAACGGCUUGUGGGCUUUGCCCAUGACCGUUCUUCCUGUCCUUGUGUGUACUAAUGCAAUGAAGCAUAAUCGCAAGUGCGUUUGGGGUUUUUGCUUGCAGCUCGUUGGCUUUGGAUGUGCAAAUUUG